AUGUUCAAUUCGUCAAUACAAGGGAAACUUUUACAACCAUUACCAUCAGCAUCAUCCUGUCACAAUCCGAAUUUUAACCAGAAUCAAUGUAACAUUACACAAAACAACUGGUUCAAUGCUGUUUGGCGCGGUGAUCAAUCAGGUGCAAUGCAAAAUAUAAACUGGGAAGCAGAUGGAAAUCAAACUUGUUUAAUAAGUAGUCCAAAGCAGACGCAGUGUUACCAAGGAUCUGUUCCGAGAUAUGCUGUAAACGCAACAAGUGCAUCAGACAUUCAAAAAGCUGUUCAGUUUGCUGCUAACUAUAAUUUACGUCUCGUGAUUAAAAAUACUGGCCACGAUUAUCUUGGUCGAAGUACAGCUCCUGGGUCAUUGAUGAUAUGGACUCAUUACAUGAAAAGCAUUUCCAUCAUCGACAAUUAUAUACCAGAUGGAUGUAAUAUUUCAGCUAUUUCUGCCGUGAGAGUGACUGCUGGAGUUCAAGGAGGAGAAAUGUAUGCAGCGCUUGAUGCACAAAAUCUGGUGGCGGUCGGUGGAGCGUCAGCAACAGUCGGUCCUGUUGGCGGUUAUGUCCAAGGCGCUGGACACGGUCCAUUAUCACGUCUGCAUGGUUUGGCGGCUGAUAAUGUUUUACAAUUUGAAGCUGUUACUGCCGACGGUGUUCUACGUACUGCAAAUGCCUGUCAGAACAAGGAUCUGUUCUGGGCACUUCGUGGUGGUGGAGGAGGAACAUUUGCAGUGGUUGUUUCAGCAACAUUCAAAACAUAUCCGUCACCAACUAUUGUAGGAGCCAUUUAUGCAGUCACCGCUACUAAUGACAGUGUUUAUAGUAGCUUUAUUACUGAGUUUAUCCGUAUUACUCCAACACUUGCUGAUGCUGGAUGGUCUGGAUAUUUCUAUUUGUAUCCAUCUAGAACUUUUCUGAUGGCCUAUCUGAUGCCGAAUGCAAAUGUCUCUUAUGCAGAAGCUACACUUUCCUCACUUCUCAUCGGUCGAAGCACAAAUUCUGGCUUGAGUAUAACAGGAGAUGUUUUCUUCAUGCCUUCAUUCUAUAGUUAUUUCCAAGCCUUGCUGCUAAAUGCAAAUCCAACUGGAACAAAUGCAAUUAUUGGUUCAAGAUUGAUUCCAAGAUCAGUUGUUGACAAUUCACCUGAUCAGUUUGCUCAGACACUGUUGAAGAUACAACCACCAUCAUCCACUUCAGGCCAAGUUAUUGGUCAUCUUGUUGCUGGAGGAGAGGUUGCGAUGAAUAAUGGAACUAAUACGUCGUUAAAUCCAGCUUGGCGGAAAGCCCUGUUGCAUGUUGUUUAUGCGAAUGGAUGGUCAGACACUGCAACACUAACAGAGCAAUCGCAGAUAGCUGUACAAGUAACGACAAAUGUUGAACUGUUGAAAAACCUUACUUCUGAUUCUGGUUGUUAUUUAAAUGAAGCAGAUCCAAAUGAUCCUAAUUGGCAACAAUCUUUUUUCGGAAUUAAUUACGAUCGUUUAAAAACAAUUAAAGAUCAAAUUGACCCAAAUGGUUUGUUUAUCUGUAAAAAUUGUGUUGGAAGUGAAGAAUGGACAAAUGAUUUGAAUUGUCCAAGUAGAGCUACAAUGAAGAACAAUCGAGUCUAUUUUUCAAUACUCAUUGUUUAUUUAUUGUUUUGCUGCCUUAAAUAA